CUCUACGGUGUUUUUAAAACCAGAAAUUGCUGCUGCUGCAAAAGCCAUAGCAGAGUGAGGCUGUCGAGGCUGAAUGGAUGCGGAGAACAAAGUAGUGUUAGGAUGUGUGUAGUUAACCUGGAACUGGGGUGCCGAGGAAGCAGCGUUCCCCUCCCCGCACUGCGGGGGAAGCGCAGCAUCACGGGGCUGCUCUGGGAUGGGGGAGGCUCGGCCCUUGUCCCCCCCCCCCCCACCUCCUCCCUUUGCCGUCUCACUUUUGGGUUUGUGGGGGUGGCUGGGCCGUCAGAGCCUCCCCACCCCCUGGAAAUUCAGUCUCUUUAACGUUGAGCUUUGCUUUAAAACAAAAAAGAAAACAGCAGACGAAUGGGAGGUGCUACAAGGGAGGUGGUGGAGCUGGAGGGGGUGAGCUCUCAAGAAAACACCCCCAUCCCCUCUGCCUUCCAUGGAAAGGAGACAUCAGACCCUGGCUGCCCCUCGGGGCUGAGCGCAGCCCCCCAGUUCUCCUGCCCCUGAUGCUGGUCAUCGCCGCUUGGCUGCUCUCACGCCACGCAUCGCUUCCCCCGCCGCUGUCCCACCCGCCCCCCGGCCCUGCCUAGCGACUUGGUAAGAGAAAUCGCCGCCGUUCACUUCCUUCUCCACCGCGUCAAGGUAUCCAGUUUUAUGACUGCAAUAAAAACGCUUUUUGCUGGCUUUUCUCAGCCCCGUGUGUUGGAGGUUCUUCCCUCGGUGGUGGGGGGGGGGGGGAGGCUCAAUGCCAGGCACGGAGGGACGCGGGGCGGCGACCUGCCGACCUGCACUAAUUGCCUUACCACAAACCCAUUAAGCGCUGCCCUCAGCCUGCUGGGUCCCUCCUGCUCCGUGGGACCGUGUCUCUCGAGUUGUUUCGUCCCCUCUCGGAGGCUGGAAGGUGCACAUCCAGCAGCCUGCAUGCACGGAUCGUGUCUCAGUGGGAUCCUAAAGCCCUCUUGCAUCUGUCUGGUUUUGGUGCCUUCGUGGGCUGGUGGUGGUGCCUGCUCGGUUCAGCUCCUUUGCAGCCCUUCCUCCCCAGGGCUGGCCGUGGCCGUGCUGUGGUUUCUCACCUGGAUGUCAGAGCUCAUAGCUGUGACUUUUUGGUCUUUCCUGCUGACGCUUGCACGCCGGGUGGCGAGGGGAUGUGUGUGGCUGGCGCUGUGCGUGCUGCUCUUGCUGGCUGUGCUGGGGUGCCUGGUUCAUCGCCCAGCUGCAGGGUGUGGGUUGUACAGUAGCAUUAAAGGCUCAAGGUCCCCAGCCCUGCUGCUUGGAUCCCCGUGCCAGCGCCCGGCUUCUCCGUAAACAGCCUUUGCUCCAUUGGCUGCGAUCGAUAAUGGGGCUGCAGCAAAUCCUCGUGCUGCAGAGGGUUCAAAGUUUGCUUUUAAAGGGGAAUAUUAUGGGGCUGGUGCCUUUGAGAGCGAGCAGCGCUGCGGGCUGAGCUCCUCCCCUCCGUGCUCCUGGGCCUGGGACCCACAGCACCCGGUUUGGGAACACUGCAUGCGUGCUGCUCCGGUGCUUCGGGCUGGAAGGAGCUGCAGCGAGGUGCUCCCAGGGCUGGGGCAGUGCUCUGGGCCCCAGGCUCAGGUCAUUGCUCCAGGAUCCUCAGCUUGGCAGUGUGGGGAGGAAGGCAGGGAGCUGCCCUGCCCUUUGCUGCAGCUGCUCCUAGGCAGAACCUCCCUGUGAGCUUGGGUUUCUCUUCCCGCAGAGCCUUUUGCUUUAAUUAUUAACCAGUGCCAGGCUGUGCCAUUGCUUUGUGGCCGGAGAUAAAGACCAAGGAGUGCUGGGAGGACCUGGGGCUGCACCUCCUGCCCUGUCCAUCUGUCUGUCUGCAGGGCUCUGCAGCAGCUUCUUUGAAGGGGGGCAAUGUCCCGGGGUGCUGCGAAGGGUCACCGAGUGUUUGCGUAUUUGUGUGCACGCGUGUGUGCCCGAGCAGGGUGUGCUUUUGUGUGCGUGGCUGCAUCUGUGUGCAGGUGCUGUGCGUGCAAUGCGUGUGUGCAUGGUUUCUUGCGAUGUGUUUGCAGCCAGCAGCAAGUCUGGGUGCUUUCUGCACCUGGGCCCUCCCAGCUCCUUUUCCACGAGGCCAGCCCAGCCCUGCUGAUGCAGGUGCCAUCCUCCCAGGGCAGUCCUGGCGCUCACUCUUGGCCGUGCUUAUCGCCCGUCAGCUGCUCCCGUUGCAUUCUGGGGCACCUGGGCACCACAGGCUAAAAAUAAUGCUGGUAAAAUAGAUUGCUUCCUGCUGGCACGCAGGGCUGAGCCGUGCCCUGCAUCAGGGCUGGCCCUGUGCCACCGUCCACGGGCACCCACAGGACCUGAGUGCGUGGGGACACGGGGUCCGGUGGCAUCACACAGGUUGGGAUGGUGGCUCAGUGCCGGGGUGACAACCCUCCGCCCGCUGCCCUGACUCAGUUUUCCCACGGGGCCAUCACGAAUGGGUGCGGGAUGUGGCAACGUCAGCCCCACGCAGAGAGGUGUCACAGGGGACAGACACCCACACAGGGCUGGUGGCACCCACUGCGCCCACCCUGUGCUGGGCACGGGGCCGUGGUGACAUUGAGCAGUGUGACGGUGACACCUGGGGGUGGUGAGGAUGGGAAGGGUGGGGGCCACCAUGGAGGUGCAGGGCCCUGUCCCUGUGCCUUCCUGGGUACUAGGAGCCAUGGAAAGCGGUCCCCUUCCCCAUGUGUGUCCCCAUUUGUGUCCCUAUCCAUAUCCCUAUCCCCACUGCUGUGUGCUCCUCCCUGGGGCCAGCCCAGCUGCUUUGCCUUCACCUUCCUCUUCCUCCCCCAUGCCCCACCUGGCACAGGGAGGUGGUUGUCAGCUGAGGCCACUGGGCCCCUCCCCGGGGAUGGGCGCUGCUAUAAAAGCACGGGGACAGGUGAAGGGCAGCGCAGAGGAGCCGGAAUUUUUUGCAGGCUCAGCAACAGCAAUGGCAACGCUCUACCCCUCGCUGGAGGACAUGAAGGGCCACCAGGUCCUGCAGGCGCAGGCAGCUGCUGGGGUCGGCACCCCCGCCACCACGGUGCUCACCGAGAAACCAAAGCUCCCGGAGAAGCCGAAGGUCACCUCCAGCACCGAGCCCUCUGCACCGCCCGCGCUGUACCCCAACCUGGCCGAGCUGGAGGAUUACAUGGGGCUGGCGCUCUCCAGCGAAGAGAUCCAGAAAAACCUCUUCCCAGACAGCAGCACUGCGCUGACCCCCGUCGGGUCCCUGCCGGGGCAGCUGGUCGCCCCGCUGAGCGGGAACAGUGCGGGGCUGCGGCGCGCGGAGAUCAAACCGGGUGUGCGGGAGAUCCACCUCUGCAAGGACGAGCGGGGCAAGACGGGGCUGCAGCUGAAAAACAUCGACCAGGGCAUCUUCGUGCAGCUGGUGAAGGCCAACUCUCCGGCGGCGCUGGUGGGGCUGCGCUUUGGCGACCAGAUCCUGCAGAUCGAUGGCAAGAACUGCGCGGGCUGGAGCAGCGACAAGGCACAGCGGGCGCUGAAGAAGGCGUCCCCGGAGAAGAUCGUCAUGGUGGUGCGGGACAGACCGUUCCAGCGCACCGUCACCGUGCACAAGGACAGCACCGGGCACGUGGGUGUUGUGAUGAAGAAGGGGAAAAUCGUGUCGCUGGCCAAGGACAGCUCUGCCGCCCGCAACGGGCUCCUGACCCACCACUACGUCUGCGAGGUCAACGGUCAGAACGUCAUCGGCAUGAAGGAUAAGCAGCUGAUGGAGGUGCUGGCGGGCGCAGGGAAUGUCAUCACUCUGACCAUCAUCCCUGCCGUCAUCUAUGAACACAUGGUCAAACGGCUGUCGGCGGGACAGGUGAAGUCAUCCAUGGACCACUCCAUCCCCGACCUCUGAUGCCAUCGCUGCCAUCCCAGCACCUGGGGGCAGGCGCCGGUGUGGGCACCCUCAUGUGCAAGCCUGGAAGAGGGGAGGGGGGCUCAAAGGAAAAACUGGAGGUACCCUUCAGCCCCCAAAAAGGAACCCAUGAGAGCUCAUGGCACAGCACCAUCCUGCAUCCCCUAGCUCUCAGCACAGGGACCGAGGACAGGGAAUGUGUCCCCACCCCGCAGAGCCUCUCCUUGUCCCCUUGUCCCCCCCCCUGUCCCGGUGCCCUCCAUAUCCACCCCAGGGCAGAUGCCAAAGGCUGUCUCCAGCGAAGCAGACACAGACCCAGCGACGUUUAUUACAUCCACCGCAGUACAGGACAGCGGAAACGAGAGAAGAGGAAAGG